CACGUUCAAAAAGCCACAACCUAUUGGGCUUCCAAAAUGGGCUUUCCCAAGUCGCCGAACCCCCUAAACUCUCGCAACCUUUCUCCAUCCCUACUCUUCUCUGCUCGCUGCCUUGCCGCUCUCAUGGCACAGUCUCCAAAGUCCGAACCCGAUCCCUCAUCCACCCCCGACUCCGGUCUGGUUCUCAUGAACACCGACUCAAUCCGAUCCUUUCUCCUCUCCGUCUUAUCGGACUCGGGUCCAGACAUCUCGCCGGAGCUCCGAGGUCUCGCUUCCGAUCUCUCCUCUCGAACCUCCGUCCCUUACAAGUCCCUUCGCGCCAUUUGGUCCGCUCUCCCGGUCGAAUCUCGUCCUUCUCCCUCCCGCCUCUUCGCCGGAUCCGAAUUCGUUUUCGCAAGCCCUAAGCCGAGGGAAAAGAGUGAGGAGCUGAAGGCGAGGCUGAGGAAGUUAGAGGAGCUGGCGGAGAGGAAAGCGUAUGCGGAGCUGGUGAAGGAUAUUACUCCGAAGAAGGGAACGGAUGAGCCUUUCUCUUCUUACAAAGAUCAAAUUGGCUUUGGUAUACAUGUUGUGCUGAUAAUGUUUACUGGCUAUUUGGUUGGAUAUGCUGCUUUCAGAGCCCUGUUCAAUCACAGUAUUGUCAUGAAUGCUGCUGGAGGCAUCAUAGGUUUGGUGUUCGGCAUGCUUGUGGAAACACUGCUCUUUAUUAUUAAAACCUCCAACCAUGAUACAGGGUCUUCUUCUUCGGCAGCAAAGCUCAAGAAACAUCAGUAACUAUCUGGUAAUUUCCCCUAUUAAUUUUGUAAAUAUUGGGACCUUAAUGUCCUCUUCCUUUGAACAUAAAACCAGAUCCAAUUGUCUUGUACCUAUAUUGAGUUAGAAUCUCAAAAAAAAAAUUCCAUACACUUUUUUUUGUCAAUACUGAGCCAGUUAUGCACACUAAGCUCGAAAACUGUUUGAUAACAUCACAACCUUUUAACCCUUUAGAAAAACUAUCCAAUAAGUGCCAUUUCGAGUAGCGUCCAAUUUCUUAAACAUGAUGUCUCUGUUGAAUCUCUUGUUAUUAUUGUCAGACUUUAUUCACUUCAAGUAAUGUUUUUAAGUUUA